CCCAUCACUAACCCAAUGAUCUCACGAUUUACAAAAUGGUUUCUUUCCCAGCGGCCAGGCCACCGUCUCUCCCGCCAAUACCGCAUCAACCACCGCCGCACAACAAGUCCGGCAACCGCAGCAGACUCCAUGCCCUCUCCAAUUCAGAGAGCUCCCAACAACAACCUCAUGCUCAGCCUAGGAAGCUAAAAGGCAGCUCUCAGCUCAACCGCUGGUCCAUGGCUCGAGCAAUCCGGUCCGGCCGUAAAUUAGACCGCUCCGGUCAGCGAACCCAGGUGGCUGAAUUACUCGCCCCUCCUCCUCAAUGGAAACUGAAAGAAAACACCCAAUUGAAUGAUGAUGAUAAUGAAACUGUUAUAGAAGUCCCGAGGGCAGGAAAGUCAAUUUACAUGAUUUCUGACGGAACCGGAUGGACGGUGGAGCAUUCCGUUAAUGCGGCGUUAGGUCAGUUCGAGCAUUGCCUUGUCGACCGUGGAUGUCCUGUGAAUACCCACCUCUUUUCUGGGAUUGAUGAUGCAGAACCAUUAAUGGAGAUUAUAAAGCAAGCGGCUAAGGAAGAUGCAAUGGUGGUCUACACUUUAGCUGAUCCUUCAAUGGCUCAAUCAGCUAAACAAGCUUGUAGGUUAUGGGGCUUAACAGCUACUGAUAUACUCGGUCCGAUAACUGAGGCUGUUGCUUCUCAUUUAGGCGUUUUGCCUUCCGGUCUUCCUCGUGGAGCUCCGGGGAGGACCUUUCCCCUUUCCGAUGAGUACUUUAAACGAAUUGAAGCUAUUGAAUUCACCAUCAAGCAGGAUGAUGGUGCAUUGCCUGGAAAUUUGCACAAAGCUGAUAUCAUUCUUGCUGGUGUUUCGCGAACCGGAAAAACACCCUUGUCCAUUUAUCUUGCCCAGAAAGGGUAUAAAGUUGCCAAUGUGCCUAUUGUCAUGGGCGUAGAAUUGCCUAUGAGUCUGUUUGAAGUUGACCCCGAGAAGGUUUUUGGGUUGACCAUUAAUCCUCUGGUGUUGCAGACGAUUAGGAAAGCAAGAGCUAAGAGUCUUGGAUUCAAUGAUGAAAUGUGGGGUAGUUAUUCGGAAAUGGAUUUUGUCCGAAAGGAGUUGGAUUUUGCUUGCAGAAUUUUCGCAGACAAUCCUGUAUGGCCCGUAAUUGAAGUGACAGGUAAAGCUAUUGAAGAAACUGCAGCAGUUAUAUUAAGGCUUUAUAAUGAUAGGAAGCACAAAUGUUCAAUGCCCCGAAUCUCGAAGCUUUACUAGCACGGAAAGUCUAUAAUCUCAGGUUUGAUUAUAUGAAUUGCUGAAUCAGUAAGGAUUCAGCUGUUCUGAAUACCUUAUAUUGUUAAUGAUGAAAGGAAUAUAUUCUGAGACAACAGCAAGAGUGUACACUAUGUUUACUGUAUAUAUCAUAAUUCUAUACCUUAUCACCCAUACUAUAUAGAAUCUAAUAUAAAUUUUUAUCUCCA